AUGCCGGCCGAUAGACUCCUCAAUACGGUUCUGCAACUGUAUCAAAACGUCCACGAUGACCGCAAGACGGACCAGAUAGUCGGCUCGACGACCAACCUCUUGACGUCGCUGUCGAAUCCGCUGAACCUCGGCGUCCUCACCUCCCAACUUCUUGUCGCGCCCGCGAUCUGGCAUCGGCGCGACGGGCUGCGGACGAGCCUGCGCAUCAUUAGCAUCUACAACAGCGCCGCGAUACGGGUGCGACAGAACGAGAUCGACAAUGCUAAGAACGUCUACGGGCCGCGGCAGGGUGGAGGCCUCGGUAGUGAUGCCUGGGUGCGAGCUGUUGUAAAAGGUGCCGACGAUCGGUCCAACAGGUGGCAGCAUUUGCUCGUCCUGACGGGAAUCCUAAUGGGCAUGGAAGGAAACGAUAGGCAGUCACUGUCGAGGGGUCUGCGAAACACUCUGGAAGAAGCCAUCGUUACUGCCACGAACCUCGCACUGGAACGUCAGGACGGUUCAUUUGCUUCGGCGUCGAUUGUGCUUGCGCUCAACUAUGUUUUCCCGUUCCUUUCUGAAUUUCAUCAGAGCGGAAUCAACUGCAAUGCACUUUUGCCGAUUGCCGUGCUGGCCAUCACCGGAGAGGACGGCUUCCAGGACGGCCGCUUCUUGGACGAUAUUAGGAAAGACGUGAAGCAGUACGGUCAGAUAGUUGAGUGGUCUCCCAACUCCCCGUCAUUUCAGCUGCUGCAGUCUAUUGAGGGCAAGCCGCUCAUGGGGGGCAUGGGCCCGUUGUCGAAACUGGCGGGCUUCGCCGUCACGAAUGCGACCGAUUCGGCAAUUGUCCUCCAGGCCCAGGACUCCCUGAUGGAAUUCACACAGAAGGUGCUGCAGCAAUGGCAGCAUAAUCCGCUUUCGGGAGUUGAUGCCGCCGAGGAAACAGCGCGCUUGGAGCAAAACACCCUGGAGAGCACAUGGCCAGCGUUAUUUCAGGUCUUGAGGAAGACACUGUACGCGACGGUGGCAGUUAUGCAAACCAUUGUCGGGCGGAGCCUCCUAGACCCCCGUAUGAGAAACGACAUUAUGGCUCCCCAGGUCGCAAUAAAAUCGUUACACACCCUGAGGAAUUUGUUCUUCAUCUCUUCGAGGCAAGGGUCCAGCGCCUUCCGGGCCUACCAGUUUACCUACCUUACAUCUCUCGACAUAGUGGCACAGUUCGCGGAUGCCUGCGUCGCUUUCUUAUCCGAGAACAAGCCUCCUCAUGCUGGGACGGUGCCUUCUUAUGCUCUUGACCGAACCCUGGACCUUUUUUAUCUGAAUGUGGCAGAACACCUGCCUCUCAAUGUGCCCACUGAGGCCUGUGAGACGCUCAUCAUUCAGCCGGCGACGGCAUACCUCACUCACAAUGGCGCCUUGACGUCCACCAUGGUCGAGCUCUUCGAAGCCGCUCACAGUGCCGUACUGUCUGUUCUGUCAUGCCCACACAAUGACUCAUUGACCAUCAACCUGGUGCCCUUUUACAUUGACACACUUUUCACCUCCUUCCCUUCGCAGAUUUCAACGCGGCAAUUUCGUGUUGCCUUCAAGACGGUCAUGCAGAUCGUCUCCCCUCCAUUCCCAAUCUCUCUCACAGACCCGCAUCUUUCUGAGACCCUACUCGAGAUGGUUCGCUUCAGAGCUAUUAGCGCAGACACCGCUCCUCUUCCCCUGACACAGGACGCCAUCGCUCAGGCUGAGAAGGGCUUGACGCCAGAGGAGCCGUUCUCAGAGCAGAGCUCGCUUGUACUCACGCUUAUCGACUCGCUACCGUUUCUGCCGCUGUCUCUUCUUGACAACUGGCUGACGUUCACGGCGCAGACGCUUAACGAGAUUUCAGAUCCCAUUAUGCGUCAGCCUGUCAAGGACCGCUUCUGGGAAUUACUCGUCAGUGGUGAACUAGAUGUUGAGCGGGCCACCAUUGGCGUUGGUUGGUGGACUACCAAGGGCGGGCGGGAACUGGUUAUGGGCGAGCAGCAGAUUCCUGUGAUGAGCGGUGCCAUUAUGGAUGAGAGUAGGUCUAGUAGGCUCUAG